CUCUGACCUAAGAUGGCUGCGCCCAGGAGGACGGAGGAGAUGUGCUGAGGUUGGAGUGAGCGAAAGAUCUACCCAGAACCUGAAUUACCAUGUCGAAGAUCUCCCGUGCUGCCAAAGCAGUACAAAAGGUGGACUAUGGAAGUGUGAUCCGGACUAUCAUUCGAGCAGGGCAAGCUGUUCCAGGACCACCUUUAGGGCCUGCCCUAGGGCAGAGAGGCAUUCCCAUUUCCCAGUUUUGCAAGGAUUUCAAUGAGCGAACAAAGGACAUCAAAGAGGGGAUCCCAUUGCCCACGCGCAUUACUGUGCAGCCCAACAGAACAUACGAGAUCCAGAUUAACAAGCCCACCACCACCUAUUUCCUGCUGUCAGCAGCUGGGAUAGAAAAAGGUGCAUCACACCCUGGGCACGAAGUGGCCGGGAUGGUGACUCUGAAGCACCUCUAUGAAAUCGCCCUGGUGAAGUCUCAGGACCCCUCUUUUGUAGUGAAUGACAUGUCACUCGAGAAGGUCGUCAGAUCACUCAUGGGAACUGCCCGAUCGUUGGGCAUCAAGGUGGUGAAAGAGCUCAAUGCAGAGGAUUAUGGCGCCUUCCUGAAGGAGCGUGAAGAGAGGCUGGCAGCAGAGGCCAAAGAAAUUGAGGCAGAGCUGGAGGCUGCAGGGAAAAAGAAAUGA